AUGUCGAAGCGAGUAACAAACGAUCGCCCGGAUUAUUCUGAUCCUACUGAUGAUAGUGAUGGUAGUGAUUUUGAUGAAGUGAAAAAAAAAACUAUAAUGGUUGGUAGUGAUUAUCAAGCACAAAUUCCUGAUGGAUUGUCCAAGUAUGGAGAUGAUCCACCAUACCAAAAUGUUGACAAACUUCUCUGGGACCCUCAUAAUACAACCGAUGCAGUUAUUGCUGACUAUCUUCAUCAAAUUCAUGAAAUUUCUCACGGUACAAAUAUGUUACCCAAAGGUAAGCAUAUACGAGAUGAUGAAAACGCUUUAUUUUUACUUUUGCAAUGCGGAUUUAAUACUGAAGAAGCAUUACGUCGAGUUUCAUUAAAUGAUCAAAUGUUUGGUCGAAGAGCCAUGAUGGUGUGGUCGGAAGAAGAAUGCAAAAAUUUUGAAAAUGGUAUUCGUUGUUUCAACAAAAACUUCUAUCUGAUUCAACAGCACAGAGUGACUACAAGAACAGUUGGUGAACUUGUUCAUUUUUAUUAUUUAUGGAAGAAAACAGAAAGGCACGAUGUGUUUGCUAGUAAAGAACGACUGGAAAAGAAAAAAUAUGCUCUUCAACCAGGUAUUACAUUUUAUGAAGACGGAGAGAACUCUGUUAUCAAUCAAAAGACAAAUCAAGUUGGGAAUUGUUUAAUUUACUGUGAUCCAAAACGGUUACAACGGAUGGAAACAUCAGGUGUGCAUGUCACUCUUGUGGAUAACUAA